GGGGGUGGCAUACGCCAGUUCCCAUCAGAGUCCUUCAUAUGUGACCGAUCAGAAGCAAACUUUUUCAAGUAGGUGUCGCCUGGUAUGACGCGAAGCUUCCUGAAACACAGCAGCACUUUCUAAUAGAAUGCAACACCUUGAGACCAUUGAGAGCUACAGCAUGGAUAUAAAUGGGACCUGACCUCCUCGGGCUUCAGUCUGAGUUUGGACCGGGAGCUCAUCAUGACUAACGGAGUGAGCGGAGGACUCAGCGGUCUGCAGGUAGAAUCAAGCGGCCUUCCAAGAAGGAGAUACAAAAGAUACACUACAGGAACUUACAUCGGACUUAUUGCAUACGCAAUUCAAGAUUCACCAGACAAGAUGCUCACGUUCAAACAGAUAAUGAAAAAGCUGGAACCAUUCGUCUUCGGAGACAAAAAGGGCAUUGAGAACAACAUCAGAGUCUGUCUUUCAUCAAACAGGUGUUUUGCAAAGGUGCCAGUCGAUCCGGAUUAUCCAAAUCCUAAAAAGAACUUCUGGAAAGUGGAUGAAAAUGGCAUUACACCAAAAAUGUUUCGCCGACAUUUCAAAUAUCUAAUCAACAUAUUCCCUGGCCUGUCGAUUCAGACACAACAGGUGGAUGGGUGUGAAGACAGUUCUAAUGCUACUGAGCCUCUUACUCCAGCCUGCAAGGUCACAGAAAACAAAAGUGAAGGCAAAUUUACAGGCCCCUUUUCCAUAGAUUCAUUAUUGAAGAGCGACCGCGAGGUGAAGCGCACGCGCAGCACGCGUUUGGAGGAACACGCACAGCGUGGAGCGACCAAGAGAAAAAACGUUUAUGAAUAUGAUGCAGUGAAGUGUUAUUACCCUGUUUCAGCAGUAGGAUGUGAACUGGCCUCAGCGAAAAGACCUCGUCUAUCUUCAGGACCUCAGUUCGGACAGUCUCUGCCUCCACAUAUCACAUACAAUCACCAUGUCCUCUUCAGCUCUCCUUCAAUGUAUGAUACUAGAUAUGUCAGCUGGUGAACAGCCAGAAUGACUACAAGUAAAUAUGAAGAAA